CAGAGUGUGUGUGUGUGUGUGUGUGUGUGUGUGAUCUUCCACCUUUCAGCGCUUUGCGUUUUUACCUGCAGUGGACAUCACGCACUGUCACGCGUGCACGCGCCCCCUCUUUCCGCGCACGCUCGCGCAUGCACGCAGCAGCAGCAGCAGCACCGAGGGAGCGAUCAAUACACUAAAAGCCCGGAGAGGAUUUUUAACGGGAGCGGAGAAGAGACGCGUCGCGCGGGGCUGGAGGAACCGGAGGAAAACGGCAGGAACAAUGAAGCUCGGACACCAUGUCUAAAGCGACCGUGAAGAAGCUGCACUGGCGCUCGAAGGUGCAGGAGAGCUUCGUCCCGCUGGGCGGCGGCUCUGGAGAGCUGGGUCUGGCCAUCGGGGGCGGGGCAGACUACGGCGAGUUCCCAUUCGUCACAGCGGCCCAUGGGGGCGGGCCCACUGUGGGUGACAUCAUCUUAGAGAUUGGGGGGACACCCGUGUUAGGGAUGACCCUCGGUGAUGUCAGAGGAGUCCUCAACUCCUGUCCUCAUCCAAUCAGAAUCAAGACGGUCUCUCCAGGUUCGUCCCUUUGUAAGGAUCUCAGGUUGUACCUCAGUAAGUGUUUCACUCCAGGCUCCAUGGACAGUCAGCUGCAGCAGCUCAUCAGAGAGAACCUGUACCUGCGAGCGGUGCCCUGUACGACCCGGCAGCCUCGGGAUGGGGAGAUCUCAGGUGUGGACUACAACUUUGUGUCCAUCGAGGAGUUUUUCUCUCUGGAGGAGUCUGGAGCUCUGCUGGAGAGCGGCAAGUUCAAAGGGAACUACUACGGGACGCCCCGCCCAGUCCACAUCGGUCCAGAGAGUCCACCAAUCACGUACCAGGAACAUCGAAACCUGCUGAGGAACUUCAGGACGAGGAGCAAGUCUCUGAGUAACCUAGAGAAGGCUGUGGAGGAAGGAGACAACAGUGAGGAGGACAGCGGACUGUCAGCGGGUUCAGCCGGAGUCCCGCCCACCAUCCUGCCUCUCAGCCAAUCGUGGGAGUCGGCAGUGGGGAGUCGAGAGGGAACAGAGAAUGGAGGAGGAGGAAGAGGAGCAGGGAGAGGAAGAGGAGGAGGAGGAGGAGGAGGAGGAGGAGGUCCGCUGCCUGAGAACUGGGAGCUGGCGUUCAGUGAUUCAGGAGAACCGUAUUACAUUGAUCAUAACUCAAAGACGACCAGCUGGCUGGAUCCUCGAACUCAGAACAAAGAGACGACUCCCUGUACAGAACUCCCAGAGUUCACGGAGCAGCCCAGCCAGCUGAAGGGUUACUCCAUCCACACUCGGCUCUCUAAAGGUCCUCGAGGUUUCGGCUUCAACAUUGUCGGAGGAAGUCGACCCAGAGAGUUUCUGCAGGUGUACAGCGUCACACCUGGAGGACCGCCGGCUCUCAACACAGCGGACAUCCUGGUCUACAUCAAUGACAGCUGCGUGUUGGGCCGCUCCCAUAAAGAGGUGGUGGAGAUGCUGAAGGCGGUGCCGAUGGGUCAGAGCGUGGACGUGGUGCUGAGGAGAGGAUACCCGAUGCUUUACAACCCCGACGGAUGUCCCAAACAGAGUCUGGAGGCGCAGCCACAGACGCCCAGCGAGCCCCCCAACCCCCCAAACAUGAACCGCGGCCUGACACACCUCACCUACAGCCGAACACUAGACGCCAACGGCAGCACGCCAGGCCUCAGUCACACCCCACCCUCCUACGCUGCUCAGCCAAUGACAAAUGGGCUGACAGGCCCGCCGACCCCCACUCCCUCUGACCCCCCUCUGGGUCCACCCCCCCUUCCAGAGAGGACAGUAGCCAAUCACAGUGACUCUGAUGGCGGUGUGUCCAACGCUGGAACACGGAGGUCUUCUCUGAUCUGCUACAGCAGCAGCACCCUCCCCGCCCUCUCCUCCUCCUCCCUCCUCCACCAUCAGAGCUCCAAGUCUUCGGAGAGUGACCUGUCGACGUCAGCGCUCCCCAUCUCCUCCUCCACGCUCCCCCACACCUCCUCGUCCUCCCACGCUCUGUCCAAACUGCCCCUCUCUCAGCCAGAGACGGGCCUCCUCCAAAACUCCACCAGCCCCACCACCUCUAACAACCCCACCUCCUCCACCACACCUCCUGGCGCUCCUGUGCAGCGCCCGCCGAUGCCUCAGACCUCUGUCGCCCUGACCCCACCCAGAGACGUCCCGCCCUGUGGCUUUAAUGGCUGUCCAGCCAAUCACCAAGCGCCCUCUCCAGCCUCCAGAGGAAACCCGGGGCUGGUGCUCCCCCUCGGGGCGGGGUCACUAGGGUCGGCUCCUGGUGGUGAGCUCGUACCGGUGGCCCUCGGGCGCAGUGAGAGUGGGGGGCUGGGGUUCAGCAUGAUGGCGGGGGGGCAAGGAGGUCAGCUGGCGGUGGUGAGGCGGGUCUGGGAUCGAAGGCACUGCCCGUCGCUGCAGCCGGGGGACGCCGUGGUGAAGAUCAACGGAGCAGACGUACAGAGCCUCAGCUUCUCCCAGGUCCAGAGAGUCCUGCAGGAGCACACCAAACAGGGGGAGGUGGUCCUGCUGGUCUACAGAGGAGGUCCCGUCUCUUCACCAGUCGUCACCCCCAACCUCUAUAAGCCCCUCCCCUCCCCACACGGCCUGGCCACGCCCCCUCCCUCCCAUCCCCCGACUUCAGCCGACUUGCCUUCCCCGUCCACGGGUGCCUUGCUGGGGGGCGUCCCCCCGCUCAGCCAGGCUGGCUUGGUCCUGGAGAGUCCUCAGGAGGGCCACCUCCCGGCCCCGGGGACCCACCAAGGGGCCCCUCCUGCUCAGACGCCUAACGGGCCCCCGAGCUCGGCCCUCAUCCAGAGCACCAGCUUCCUGGACUCAGUUCCUGUGACGCUCACCUUGGAGCCGCGGGAUUUGCUGGGCAUAGAGGAGAGCGCCGGAGGGCCUCCUCCCAUCAGAGGGGGAGGUGGGGGAGGAGCACUGGGAGCAAUAGCCAAGGACGGGAGAGGAGGAGUUAAGACGGUGGAGGUGGAGCUGAGGAGGCGGUCAGGAGAAGGUUUUGGAUUCGUCAUCGCCUCUCAGGAAGUGAGCGGUGGAGCCCCCUCCCUGAUGUCUCACCGGUUUGUGACGGUGCGUCGCGGCAGCCCGGCGGCUCGCAGCGGGCAGAUCCAACCUGGAGACCAGCUGGAGGCAGUGGAGGGCCGAGCGGUCGGAGGUCUGCAGCACCGAGACCUCGCCCAGAUCCUGAGGAGAGCCGGGAACACGCUGAGACUGAGCAUCACGCCACGACACCACUCGUCGUCUCUGUCAGAAGGAGCAGAGCUCGAUAUCGACGGCCGAUUGAUCAAAGGAUCCAGAGGGAGGUCAAAGGAUGAGUCCAGGUUCUACAGUGUGGAUCUUGAACGAGGUCCUACAGGUUUCGGCUUCUCUCUGAGGGGGGGCAGCGAGUACAACAUGGGCCUGUACGUACUGGGACUGAUGGACGGGGGGCCGGCUCAACGCAGCAACAAGAUACAGGUAUCCGACCAGCUGGUGGAGAUAAAUGGAGACAGCACGUCAGGGAUGACUCACAGUCAGGCUGUGGAGCAGAUCAGGAGAGGAGGACAUCGAAUCCACCUCGUCCUCAAGAAAGGAAACGGAUACGUGCCCGACUACGGCCCUGAGGAAGGAGCCCUCUCCCCCUCCUCCUCUUCACACACAGAGGAGCAACAUGUGGAUACAGUAACCAUGACAACCGCCUCCCUCAGCCAGCAGAGGGCAGGAGGAAGUGGUACAGGAGGAGGAGAAGGAGGAGGAGAGAGGAGGAGGAGGAGGAGAGAGGGAGAAACCAAACAGAGAACAGGAGGCAGAGGAGGAGGAGGAGGAGGGUUAGGGCCUCCUGAUCUGGACCUGGAUGUCGUAGAGGAGGAGGCACGGCAGGAGGAGGAGGAGGAGGAGGAGGAGAGGAGGAGGGAAGAGGAGCAAAGGAGGAAAAGAAGUCAGACUGUGAGGCAGAAGGAGAAGCGGGACGACCAGAGGGAGAAGGGGAGGAGGAGCAGGAGCUUACCCAGGAUCAGCGCUCGAUCCUGGGACACGUCGCUGCAGCAGGAGGGGGUGGAGGUGGAGGAGUCCGGAGGAGGGUUGAAGGAGAGGAGGAGGAGCGAGACGAAGAGCAGGAGGAGAGCAACAGAGGCUGACAGGGAGGAGGAGGAGGAGAGGGGAGAGAGGAGGGAGGAGAGACAUGACAGCACCACCCGCCACGCAAAGCAUUCUGGGAGGUCAGGUGCAGCAUUCUCCUUCCUCAUGCCAAUUGAUGACGAUGGCGGGCGCCGCCAUCCGUCUGACAGCGAAUCAGCAGCCAGCUUCUCAGAGGUCAGCCUAUCAGCAGCCAGCAUCGCCACAGCAGGAUGGAGGGAGGAUUGGAGGAGAGCCGAGUCACCGUGGCAACAGGGGAACGCCCCCGGCCCCUGGCUGAAGCCGAGCCAGCAGAGACUGACAAAGGUUUUGAUUGGCAAUCGGCUUAGUGGGCGGGAACUAUUGGGCGGGCUCUCUCUCUGAUUGGCUCCUGGCGAGGACAUUUUUCAUUCGCUGAAUUUUUUUAUUUUUUUUUUUUUAUGGCUACUUAUAAGGGCUUUUUUGAUUGGCUUGCUGAGAGAAGACCCGCCUCUUCCUGCGUCUUAUUGGAUGACAGCAGACAAUUCUGAUUGGAGGAUGAGGAGCAAGCAGACACUGACUUUUUGAAUGGCUGGUGGGCGGGUUUUGAGGCCUCUGAUUGGCCAAUGACAUAACAGCUGCACACACAGCCGUCGACUUAACCAACUAUGUUAUUUUUAUUUUACCCAUCAUCCCUCAGUGCAUCCUCAGACCUGUAUCACGACGCCAGAUCAGUGUGUUAUCAGCCGUGUCCGGGCUGAACUCAGACUCUCUGGUGUCACGACGCUGGUGCACAGAUCACCAUGGUAACAACAAGGCUAAAUCACCAUAGUAACAGAUGCUGACAUUCUGCGGAGCAGGUUCACCAACCAAUCGUAAUCAUUACUGGAACCAGACGUUUUCUAACAAAGAUCAAUAGAUAUUUUUAUUGGUCAGUCGUAUCUGAUGAUCUGAGAUAAAAACCCCCUCAGGGCUCCACUGGUUAGCUAACGUUAGCUUAUGAGUCUCUGUGCUGUUCACCACCACAGGGUCAAGUGGGAGCUAGCUAGCACACUGCUAAUUUUACGUCCCGCCACUGGGACAGCAACACCCAUUUAGCAUUGUCAACUAUGCUAGCACCAUUAGCUGUGCCGACACCGCUUAUGGUGCUAACAGAGCUAACAGUAGGUAACGAUGCUAACCGGUGUUUAUGGCUCAAAAUUGAGCCAUUUAAGGCUCAAUUUUGCUCUGCGUUAAAUAUGGAGACAGACACAGCCUUCUGUCCGACUCUGAGUUCCUUUUAUUGUAUUUGUCCACGUUUCCUAAGAGCUUCAGCUCUGCGAUGAACUGGUUAAUGUUUCAUUGUUGGUAUUUCUAGUUAGCAAGUUAGCAGUUAGCUCAGCAGCAUGAUCAGGUGAGUCGGCACCAAACUUCUAGAACCAAAUAUUUUGUAAAAUAUACCAGAUCAAUUUUGCAGGUUUGAGCAGAAUGUUUCUCCAUGAAUCCGUCCUGAACGUCUUCCUCACGUCACACUGACCCACAGUGUCACUGUGAUGGAUUAUUGAUCAUUGGAUGUGAUCAGCUGCUCAGCGUUAUGAUACCAGUGAUCAGGAUCAAUAAGACGAAGUGAUACAGGCUCUGCUCCUCUCUGUUUGUGACAUCAUCAUCAUCAUCCUCAUCCUCAUCAUCAUCGUCUCUCAAACUUUAAACUCGUAUGCAAACAACAUGAGAACCUUUGUGUGUAAUCUGAGCAUGUGAAUAUCUCCGGAAUGAUUUUUUAUUUUUAUAAACAUGUAAAGGCUCAAUGACGUUAAUAUUAAUAUUAUUAUUAGAGAUUAAAUAGAACAGAGAUGAUGGAUCUGCCUGCUUGCUUGUAAAAAAAAAAACAAAAAAACUUUGCCCUGAUGAUGUAACAGAGCCAUACACACACACACACACACACACACACACACACAGUUCAGGUCCAGCUGUGGUCCUGUUGGCUGUCAAUAACCAUAACAUCGCCAUGGCGACUUGGCUGACAAGAUGACCUGUUUCUAUAGCAACAGCCAUGGUGGAGCAGGAUGCUCGGACCUGCAGCUCUGGAUCAUAACAAGUGCCUCAUUUGAUUUCAGCCUUCGUCCUGCAGACUGCAGGCACAGACGCCACCACGUCACACCCUGCCACUUCCUGUUCACGCCCCGCCACGUCCCUUCACGUCUCAUCACACAAUGUCAAGACCUGACAUACACCUCCGUGUCCCCGUCCACGUCCCCGCAGGUUGCUGAACCCCUGUCUCUGCACCUUUGAGUUAAGGAUUAAUCUGUCGUCAAGGAAACCACAGAGCCAAAUAACCCAGAUUAAUAAGUAACUUGUUAUUAUUUUAUUAUCAAUUAAUCUGCCAAUUAUUUCCUGGAUGAAGUGAUUCGUCAAUUAAUAUGAUUUAUCUAGAAAAUGUCAGAAUCACAAACAAGGUGAUCAAAUAUCAGCAAAUCUUCACAUUAUGGAGCAGAUUUUUGUCAUUUUUUCCUUAAAAAAUGAAAAAUUUCUGUCGACUGAUAAAUCGAUAAAUUGAUUAGUUGAUAAAUCGUUGCUGCUGUAGUUCAGGAGUAGUUUCAGGUUUAGGUCUGUUUCAGUGCUGUUGUUUUAAAGAUGUUUCUUUUUUACAGCAGAUUGAAAACACUCAGCCAAAGAUUGUUUAUGAGUGAAGACGCCUCACUCUGUAACACCAGAGUGUUUCUGUAGUUCAGUAACUCAGCAGAGUGAGACUUCUUCUCUCUAGUUAAGCCUUUAUUCAUGUUGGAUCAAUAAUUUAAAUAUUUCAGAAUCAGGACCUCGAUCGAUCGGGACGUCCCUCUGCGUUACUGUAGUUUAAAUGUCUGAACACACCUGAUUGUUUCCUGUAUCCCGCCAAAAUAAAAUGUAGCAUGUAAAGAUGUCAAAACACAUCACAGACAUUUCUGUGGCGUCAGACUCCCUCAUCCAUCCAUGACAUCAUGCUGUCUGUCUGUCUGUCUGUCUGUCUGCACACCUUUUUGCAGUUACACUACAGCUCCCACACACCCCUGCGCUGCCCUUUAGCCCCGCCCCCUCAGCCUGCUCUCUAUAAAGGGCAAUUUGGAUCUUUCUUCUUCUAUGCAUUUUCUAAGACUGUCUGCUGGUGAUCGGUUCUCCGAUCAGUUCUCUGAUCACACAGCCUGGACUCUAACGCUUCUAAUGAUGGUCUGAAUAUUCAGGUUCUGGUCCAAAGACGACCAGGAAGGAUUCAAACGCUUCAUCAUCAGAUCUGCUCUCAGACAGCAGGAGGAACGUCACAGGGGAACGUCAUUACAAAAGAAUGCCACAGAGGAACGUGAUUUGAGAACAUGAACGAAGUGUCCGUUGGUGUAAUAAAGUGUCAGAGAGCAGCAGUCGGCUGUAAACACACAGCUGACUGAAGCAGCCUGAUGAAAUCUGUCAGAAUAUAAACUGUAGCCUACAUGGGGGCAGGACGUGAUUAGCCUAGCUUAGCAUAAAGACUGGAAACAGGGGGAAACAGCUAGCCUGGCUCUGUCCGAAGGUCAAAACCUCUAAAGCUUAAAAUGUGUGCUGGAAAUGUUUCUCUGACUAGUUGUUUCCAGUCUUGACGCUAAGCUAAGCUAACCACAUCCUGACUCCUGCUCACACAUAGACAUGAGACUCUCUGAAAGAGAGAAACUGUUUCCCAAACUGUUGAACUAUUCCUUUAACAUGCUAACGCUAGGCUCAGCUAGCUAUGUCAGCUGUGAGUUUGUGACGUCUUCUUCUUCUUCUUGAUCAAAUUGAGACUUCCUGUCACAGUUAACGACCUCCACUGAACUUUACUCACAAUUAAAAACACUCAUUAAUUAAACUGCAGUCACAUUAUUUCAUUUUCAAUCAACCAGAUAAUAAAAACAAACCUUGUAUAGUUAAUUUUCGACAACUGGAACCCUGAGUGUCUCAAAUCACACACUUCUGUCAAUACACACAUAAACCAAACUUACACAACAACAACAACAACAACAACAACAACAACAACAACAACGUUGUGCCGCCAUAGCAAGAACCACGUUAGCUAGCUCGCAAAUGCUAACGUUAGCUACCCAUUAGUAAGGAACAGUCCCUAACAGGAAGCAAAAGGCUGUAGACACCUUGGCAGGUGGAACAUCAAUCAAACAGCAACCAAAGUAAAGCAGCGUGUUGCUAGGUAACAGUACGUCACUACGCAACGCAGCGGUUCUCCUCUGGACAGUUAUCAGAUACCUGUGCAGGUGUGUUUUGUCUCUCACCUGUCUGUCCUCAGGUGCAGCUCCUCCUUCGGUCUCUCCUCUCACAGGUUUUAAUCCCUCUGAGCUGUUUGAUUUGUAACACUGAGCGUUCCCGCUGGGCGGGAUGUUUUAUUUUUAACUACUGAACUUUAUUUUGAAUCUUUAGGGCACAAUGUGAGCUGAACAUAUUUCAACUGAAUAUUUAUAAAAAAUAAAACAGGACCAAACAAAUGAGGACAGAAGUAAAACAAAUGGAACAUAAAUUAAAAUAAAACUAAUUAAAAUAAAGACGGUGCAGUGGAGGGAAGUGAUGAACAACUUUCACAUAUAUAGCAGUUUAUUUCAGAUCCAUAAAAAGUAUAUUUUACUGCACUCCAGACAUGUUCCAGUUUAAUACUGAAACAGAUUGUGAGUUUUAUAAAACAUGAUGAACUGCAGAUUUAAAGAUGCUUAAAUGAGCUCUGUAUAAACCAGGUUCCAGAAUAAAAUGCUCCUCACAUGUCACAGUAAUGAUAAUGUACAAACUACAUAUAGAUAUAUGACACCGUUAUUUAUUAUGUGAUCCCUGGAAGUUCAAACAUGGAACAAAAUGACACAAGAGCAAACUGGACCAAAAAACAAUCCACAUCAUCACCUAAAUCACUGGUGUCCAACCUGUGGGUCCCCACCCCCAUGAGGGGUCACCAAAACUUCAACAGGGGGUCACGAGACCUUCUUGAACCAGGCGGUUCUAAGCGUGCUCCGCCCGCCCCAUAACGCCAAACACAGGCUUCUUUAUGUCUUUAUCCACUCAGUGAGGUGUUUUAACUGUGACGGGUCCUGCUGACCUCAUCAGGUGAACACAUGAAUCCUGCUGACCUCAUCAGGUGAACACAUGAAUCCUGCUGACCUCAUCAGGUGAACACAUGAUGAUGCAUUUUAUGUUGAAGCAGAGUUUCCUGUUCAUCGUCACAGUUUAACGAACAGCUCGUCUCUGUUCAGUCUUCAGUUUAUACCUCGAGCCUUCAGCAAUAAAAGCCAUCGCAUCUGAACACGGAGAGACGGGAUUCAGUCCAGAGUCACAAACACACUGACACAUCCUGCUUCCUGUACAUGAUGAUGAUGAUGAUGAUGAUUUAUUUUGAAAGCAUCUGACUGAGGUUUAGCUCCACGCUGACUGACGCUCUGAUGUGAGCGUCAGUCAGUGUCAUGGUUGUUGGUUUGAAUCCCGUCGUCUCUGUUGCCUCAGUGAAAAAGAAGGAGCUCUUUUAUUUUGAAAAGCUCAGAGAACAGAUGUAUUUUCUUUUUCUUCCUGUUUGAAACUUUAAUGAUGUCACUUGUUGGACUGUUAAAAAUAAAACACAAUCAGCCGUCAGACGCCCACAGACUUCUACAUCAGGACCACAUUUCCCAUCAGCCCCCGGUGCUCCCUGUUCCUCUGAUGGCCACUAGAUGCUGCUCAAAAUUACUGAUGUAUUAUCUCAGAAAUAUCUCAGACUUAUGACAUGUGAUGAUAACCAGCUCAGAUUUAACAAAGUCAGUUUAUAAGUUUUGUCUUCUUUAAUUACAUAAGUCAAAAUUUUUGAUUGGAAGUUAAAGUCAUGAGAUACUGAGUAAAAAAAUAUUUUUCAAGUCAGAUUUUAAAAAAAAAAGAAAGAAACAUUAUUUGAAAACUUUUACAUUUUAAAAGUCCAAAUUAUGACUCAGCACCUGUUCACCUGUUCACCUGUUCACCUGAGACUGUGUGGCUCUGCCCGCUGGUUGUGGUUCAGUUGAAGCUUUAUUGAGAUCAGUAUCAGGACAGUGAAGCUGCUGAAACAGGAAGUGCAGACUGAACUGAAAAAGAAAAAAAAAAAGUUUUAUAAGUUUCUGAACUUUUCACCAUUUUUGCAAAAAAAAAAGAGAAACGCACAGAAAAAAAUUAGCUUGGAUGCAAAAGUAAAAAAAAUAUUUAAAAAUUUAAAAUAUUUAAAAACUGUCCAUUUUCAACCAAUCAGGACGCAGCCAGUAUAUCAACCUGUCAGCCAAUCAGCUAAGAGGUCAUCAGCCCAGUCACAUGAUGCCAUGGAUGUAUUUAAGAACUGGAUGUGUCCAUGAAAAAAUCUCCUGCAGCCCAAAACUCAUUUUCCCAACAGAGCAGCGUUCUGAAAUACUGCAGACAGAAACCUCUGCACGUCGACAUGCUCAUUAUUGUGCUGUUUGUUUUUGAGUCAUGGAGGUUCGAUCGUUGUAAAACUUUUCCAAAGAAAAGUCUUUUUUUCCCUGAAUGAUGUCACUGCUGUGUGCGAGCACGAUGCUACACGUUCACUAAAGCUCACUUUAUAUUAUUCUGAGAACAGUCGCUAACACAAGCAGCGAUCAUGAAACUAUGAUGAACUUCACCUGUGUUUAAUUUAUGUUUCACCUUUUUAAGAGCGGCGCUGCUGUGUCCAGAAAAACUUGAAACACCAGCAAGCUAGAAACUUUUUGGCCUAUGCACCAGGUGAGCAAUUCUCAUUGGACUGAAGAGGCGCCAUCUUGGGGUCCGGUAUCGAGUUCUUAUGAUACAUCCAUACUCAGUGCUCUCCCUCUGAGGUCGUCACAUAACGCCGCUUGGUCAGUGAUUUACGUGUCAGACACCGAUGAACAAAGGUCUCCUUUUACUGCAGUAUGAUACACAGCUGGACGGCGUCAGUUUGGAACGCUACUGGAUAAAAUAAGGAGCUGGAAAGUACCAACAAGGCGUGGGGGGGGGGGCAGGAGCCCGCUGUUUGCUUCCUGUGUCAAUGUUGAGCCAAACCAUGAUCAUGAUGUUGUUUUCUAAACCUAACCAUGUUCUUUUGUUGCACAAGGAAAUCACUGUAAACACGAGGUGUUUCAUCGACAUUAUAAGUUUAUUUUGGAUAAGACUGUCUGUCAUCUAACAAGCAGACACCGUAUAUUUCUAGGUGUAAAAUGACAACAACAGACGCACCCAGGGCACCGAGCAUCAUAUGUAGUCGAGAGAGUCCACUGACCAAACAGCGAUAUGUGACAAGUUGGGAUGAGAACGUGUUGGCAGCGCCAUUCUUUAUCAGAGCCUCACACUCACACUCAAAUGGGAAUCCUUCACCAGAUGUAGUCUGUCAGGCUGUGUCCCGCCCCCUAGCCCUCUCCACCAAUCAGAUGCUUCACACGACAGACAGUUAAGAUCCCCGUAUUGGCUUCAACUAAAAUAAAAAUGUAAAACAAAUGAUAAAGGUUUUAUUCCUCAGGAGAAUCAGGUCAUGAUUAAAUGUUAAAAAGAAACAGAAAACUGAAACAAACAUUGAUUAUGUGAAAUUUUAACCCCUGAAGUGAAAAAUAAAAAAUUAAAUUAAAGGUUAGAAGAAAAAAACUAAAAUUGAAAUGUGUGAUUUUAAAGGUGAUGAUUUGUAGUGUUUUAAUAAAGUUUUAGUUUGAAUGUAUGCUCUGUGGCCCCCUGGUGGUCACACUGUGAACUGCAGCUUCACUAACAUCAUUUUAAAAGUCAAAAUUUGGACGUAGCAUUGAAACAUUGUGACGUAGAAAGAGUUUGACUCAUCAUGUUUGCAUGAGAUUAAAGUUUUGAUGUCGACACGUGAACGAGUAGAAACGUUAAAAAGAAUGAACAGUCGCUGUGUGUCGGUGUGACGCCCCCCGCAGGCCGCACUGUCAACUGAACACACCUUCAUAUUAAGAUCUAAAUUACCGUGACGACGCUCCCGGAGACGAGCAGAUACAGCUAUUGUGUAGCUAAGCGACAGACAGGAAGCAGCUCCUGUCGGUGACAUCACGGAUCAGCUGAUUGUACAUAGACGGCGUGAGCCUGAUGACGUGUACAGAUUUAUAAAGUCAUGUUUGCUUUGUGGAUGCAGCUAACAGAGAAUUUAAUAAAUGACUUGCAGUUAUUCUGAGAUGAGUUCAGUUAUUAUCAGAUAUAAAUAAAAUGCUUUUAUUCAA